UGCUGUCACUUUAAGACAACGAUAGCUUUGUGUCUGAUUAAUUCAAUGUACGGCGACGCGUUACCGGAGAAACCUCGUUAGAGAGGAGCCGCACAGCGAAAGGGCAGAAGGGGGGAUACUGACUGCUGGAAGAGUGGUUCGGGUUUGCUUAAAGGAAACUCUUGAAAUUAUUAUUAUUAUUAUUAUAAAAAACCCGUGGGUGUUUGGGUUUUUCAUUUUUUUGAAGAUGAAGACAUCUUGAGGAUGGGUUGUUUGGACUGAGUUCCUCAUCGCGCACGAAAGGAGGGAUUUGUGUGUUCUCAGCAUCAGCUUGGAGUAAAAAUACAUCACAGGAGGGAGGACAGACGCUCGGAAGGCAUGUCGUCGGAAAAACACGGUCUCGAUGCCUCUGGCCGUCAGACCAUGCAGCCUCCUCCGUACCUCUCCGGCCCGCAAGACCCGAACGUACCCCAACACCCCAACAUGCAGCCGGCGCCGGGCAGCCAGCCCAACUACCCUCCUCCACCCCCUCCUCCGGGUUCAGACGGAUAUCUCCAAGAAACCCAGUUCCACUGCGGCCCGCUGGGUCCUCAGGGUGCCCCGCAGGGCUACACGGUCCAGACCCAGGGCCCCGGAGGCACCAUGUCUCACGCCCCUGUAGGAUACCUCCACCCGGGCUACCCGCUUCAGCUGCAGCCCUGCACAGCUUAUGUACCGGUCUACCCCAUGGCAUCGGGACAACCCUACUUGCCGGCCUCAGGAGGCCACCCAGGGAUCCCACACGGGCCAGAUCAUCCCAUGCAAAUGCCUCCCAGCAUCACCCUAAUGGACCGUCGGCCGCCACACGACUACCUGCCCAUCGCCGUUGCUCACCACCGUCUGCUGCUCUGGCCAACAGGCAUCAUUGCGAUCAUCAAAGCAGUGCAGGUGCGCACGGCGAUAGCCAGAGGGGACAUGGUGACGGCGGAGAUAGCCUCCCGAGAGGCACGCAACUUCUCCUUCAUCAGCCUGGCUGUUGGCAUCGCCUCCAUUGUGCUGUGCACCAUCCUCACCGUGGUAGUCAUCAUCGCCUCGCAGCACCACGACGACGACUGGGAGCCGUAA